AUGGCCACUACCCCUCUACCGCGCCUGCAUUCUCUCCCUUUCUCAUCAUCAUCCACGGCGAAGAUCCCCCCGCCGCUUCUGAGAAGAAAUCUUGUGGGCUUCCCCACCACCAACACCAAGUUUCUCGUCCCUCUUCCGUGCAUCAGAAGAACCAAGCGGCUCUCCGCGGAGGCCAGGGGCUUUGGAGUCGCCGUCCCAGAGAAGGGAAGGAAGGAAGAAGACGACGGCGGUGGGAACAAGCGCGGGGGAGACGACGACGAUGAGGAGAUCCCCCAGGUGGUCUUUGACAGGAUGGUGCGGCGAAUCUUGUUCGCCGUGGGGAUGCCCAUGGCCGGUGGCGUGGGUUUGCUCUAUGUGAUGAGUGUGCUGAAGGAGAAUGGCGUCUGGGAUGUGCCCACUUGGCUGCCUUUCGCUAGCACGCUUCUCUCGUUCGGCACGUCCGCGCUGGGGAUCGCGUUUGGAACGCUGUCGACCAGCUGGGAUCCAGAUAGGGAGGGCUCGUUCUUCGGUUGGGCGGAAGUGACCAAGAACUGGCCCAAGCUGUGGGAAGAAGAGGGAGAAGAGCGGAGAUGA